AUGGAUCGAGAAGGAGGAUCCAAUGGCGGAUCUUGUUACUACACGAUUCUUGGUAUUCGCAGGGAUGCCUCCUUCUCUGAUAUCCGUUCUGCUUACCGUAAACUUGCCAUGAAGUGGCAUCCUGAUAAGUUGGCUCAAACUCAAAAUCCUGGCGCCGCCGGAGAAGCAAAACGGCGGUUUCAGCAAAUUCAAGAGGCCUAUUCCGUUUUAUCUGAUCAAUCAAGAAGGUCAAUGUACGAUGCUGGGCUCUAUGAUCCUCUAGAGGAAGAAGACGAGGAUUUUUGUGAUUUUAUGCAAGAGAUGAUCUCUAUGAUGAACAACGUGAAAGAUGAGGGAGAUAGUUUUGAAGAUCUGCAGAAGAUGUUUGUGGAAAUGGUUGGUGGAACCGGUGUCGGCUUUGACGUCGAUGAUGAUCCAACGAAUGUGAAGAGGGCACGUGUCACCUCAACGAAAGGUAAUGCGGCGAAGCGCGGCGCCUUUCGCUACAUUUACAGCCCUAACUUAAACACAGGAACCCCAGAAAUUAAAGUGGCUCAGACGAUCAGAUCAACUUAA